AUGGAUCCCAAUUCAUUCCCUCCACCUGCAAGAGGCAGAAGAGGCAGAGGGGGAAACAACUCUUUUGCUAACAAUAACAGGGACAUGCUGUGGGCAAACUGGAGGAACCAUCCAGACUUAGAAGAAGAGGAAGAACACAGGGAGGAAGUUCUGCCCAGGCUAUAUAGGGCAGAACCCAGGAUUGAUCCCAUCCAGCCAGAACAGGGACCAAACCUGCACCCUGUCAAUGCUUUGAACGACGUAGGGGCAUUACAAAGAAUGAUCAGAGAAAUGAUGGAACCUGAAGCCAGAAAGGGAGAAAGGCCCACCUAUAGGAGGCCAUAUCCAGCUUAUAUCGAUCAGAUACCUCUAUCCCCAGGCUUCAAAGUGCCAAACUUCACCUUGUUCAAUGGGGAGAAGCCCCAUGCUUCGUUGGUUGAGCAUAUAGGCAGGUUUUCUGUCCAAUGCAUAGCCAUAGAAAAUAACCCACUGUUAAAACUGAGGCUUUUUGGCAAUUCUCUCUCUGGACAAGCUUUCACCUGGUACACUAGUCUGCCAGCCAAUUCUGUUCAGACUUGGGAGCAAAUGGAAAGUGUUUUCCAUGACUAUUAUUACUGGAUUCAGCCAGAAGCCACCAUCAGUGAUCUUGCCGCCCUUAAGCAGAGUGAAGAUGAACCUGCUCAAGAUUUCAUAACCAGAGAUGUUAUACAAGAAGGAAUAAUAGCAGGAAGGCUAAAGCUGGCGGAGAAACCUCCAUCAGUCACAACAGAUCAUUUUCCCCCGCCACAAGUCAACAUGGUCAACCUAAAUUGGCCAGAACAGAAGAGAAGCAGAUCGACGACAGAAGCUAGCUCUAUCAGAGGCAGAAUAGUCACAAGGGAAACUAUUGAAAUGCCAAAAGCAACUAUCUCAGCUGGGGUAGUGCUCUGCAGCAAGUACAAGUGUGAAACUGAGCUAGAAGUGGUCCUAGACAGGCAGAGUUAG